AACAUGGGGGUCAGAAAGCAUGUAUAACGAAAUACUGUAUAGAUUGAGAUGGGAUGAAUAGGAAAUAAAAGGGAGAACGUGAAAGAGAAAGAAAGAGAGGGGGUGGGGGAUGAAGGAAAUAGCACAAAAGAGGAAGAAGAGGAAGAAAGAAAGAAAGAGAUAGGUUACGAGGAGAUAGGGGAGCAGUGAGCAAAGCAGGUCGACUCCACUGGAAGAGAGUGUUAUCAGCAGUUAGACAAACCGGGGAGGCAGAUAAUCUUUAAUAGCUUUUGCGUCUGACGUCCAUCCCUAACAAAAAUAUCCUUCUUCUCACGCCAAAGAGCACCAAAAUAUUGUGCAUAUUUCUGCUUUUCUUUGAACAAUGCCCCUGGUUUAUCAAAUCCACAUCUCAGGGGUUUGUAACUGAUGGGCCAAGUAUGAUCAUGCGUGCGCCUUUGUAAACGCACCAGGAGCAGCGAUCAACGUUAAUCUAAACAGCAUACGAUCAAUUGAUGUUGGAAUGUGAGCAUUGCUUCUACCGGUUAUCUAUCGGCUAAUUACUUUCUGGACUGUAGCUGGUUUGUUGCUGGUUGCUGACGGUCAUUAUAUGUCCAUGUAAUAGUGUCCAUGGUAUGUCCUAAUGAUAUAUGGUGAACAAUUAGUAGACGUCUUCAAAGCAUCCACACUGCAUUUUCUGUCUGCUUGAGUGAAACAUCAAUUUGUCCCGUUCUCCAGUUUGACGAAUCGUUCGAAUCCUUCUUCAGAUAUACUUUAAACAUCAUGAAGGCCUUAUGUAUCUUCCUGCUCUGUGCUGCUACCUCAUACACGUAUGGCAAUACUCCAAACGAAUACGCUUGUCCACAUGCAUGGACUCAGCGAAAUGGCUACUGUUACCGGUACUUCGAUGACAUGUUACCGUGGUCCAUAGCGGAGUCGAGGUGUCAUGAACACUUCGAUUCCGACGGCAUCGCCCAUCUCGUAUCAAUUCAUGAUCAAGCUGAGAAUGACUUCAUCUUUGACAUAUUCAACUCGGCGAACGGUGAUCAUGGUGAUCUCGAUAACACAAAUACUCCUGGCACUGAUCUACCCACCGGGAUGUGGACGGGACUCCACCAGGAGGUACGGGAUGGUCCUUGGGUGUGGUCGGAUGGGUCUUCCAAUGACUUCACCCAUUGGUUACCAGGACAACCCGAUAACGGCUACCAUGCACGAGGUCGACUCAACGAGGACUGCGUCAUCAUAUGGCGGAACGACAUCGGCUCAGAGUCUACACGACAGUGGGACGAUAUCGGAUGCGACGUCCAGGGAGGAAUGCCUUACGUUUGCAAGAUGCCGGCCGUGCCCGAGUUCAAUGACGUCGAAGACAGCAGACAUCAUCAACGCAUUUUGUGAGCAGUGUACGAAGCAGUAAGAACUGAUUGAAAAGGACGAUGCAAACAUAACAGAUACUUAAAGAAGUCUGAGUGCGUUACAACUGAAUUGUGAAGCAUAUACUAUGUCCAUACUCUCCUGUUUCUUCGGUCUCAUAGGCCUUCGCUCUCCUGAGCGUUCGGUCUCGUGAACCUUUUGUCCGUUGGAUGCAUCCCGUAUACUAUCCUUUCUUUGCAAUGUGUAAUAUAAUUAUAAACAUGAAGUCGAUUUCAGUGUGUUUUAGGAUUUAUAUUUAUUACUCAAAAUGUAAAAACAUAUUCCAUUAUUAUAGACAUUUACGAAUCAUGCUUUAUACAAAUAAAACAUUAAAACAUAAUCGUAGGCUCUAAUCAACUUAACUUGAUAAAUGACUCAAAAUUCAACGUAGGAUUCUAUAAAUACUAUAUAUUGUUUGAUGUCCAGAAGAAAUUCAGAAUAAAUAAUCAUCAUCAGGAUUAUAAAAUCGUCUUGAAAAAUAUAAUACGAUAACUUCCAUUUUUAAUGCUUCUGUGACCUUAAUCCGGGAUUUGAGGUCUUUCAGUUAUUAAACAAUGCCAAACGACUACUAGUCAAGUGUGAAAUAUUAAUCGGAGUUGUUUCUAUGUAUAUUUAUACAGGUAUACAAGUCAACAAUAAACACAACAUCAUUGUAUCUUAUU